AUGCUUGAGACACAAAUUUCUCAAGUGGAACAACAAAAAGCACCUACUUCUGUACCUGCAUGCACUUUUCCUGGCCAACCAGAACCGAAUCCAAAACGACAUGCACAUGCUAUUAUACUACGAAGUGGUACAGAGUUAAACGAACCAUCUGAACCUAGACUUAAAAACCCAGCUGUGUACCAAAACCUUGGUAAGACAACUGAUAAAGAAAGUGAACCCAAAGAAAAGGAGAAGGAAGAUAAAGAUGUUGAGGCUGUAGAAAAAGAAGUACAAUACGUGCCUCCGCCACCUUAUAAACCACCUAUCCUAUAUCCUCAAAGAUUCGAAAAAUCUAAAAACGUAUGGCAGUUUAAGAAAUUUAUUGAACUUCUUAAACAGUUAAACAUCACAAUUCCUUUUACUGAAUCUAUCACUCAAAUACCCUCGUACGCUAAGUUCCUUAAGGAAAUUUUGUCGAACAAGAAAAAGAUAGAAGAUAACAAAACCAUUACACUUACUGCUGAGUGUAACGCGAUAAUUCAAAAUAAAAUGCCUCAUAAGCUGAAAGACCCAGGAAGUUUUUCCAUACCUUGUAACAUAGGAAACUUUGUCAUAGACAAAGCUCUAUGCGACUUAGGAGCCAGUAUUAGCUUAAUGCCCCUAUCCAUAUGCGAAAAGCUGGCAAUGGGAGAUCUAAGACCAACUAAGAUGUCAAUAAUGCUAUCUAGUAGACGUCAUUGA